AAGUCGUCAUCUGCUUGGCGUUGUGAUUUCUAAAGCAUGAGUAUCAUUGACGUGAAUAUAAAAGGUGAUCCGUGAUGUCGAUAAAUUUUUAUGUAGCACCAUCAGAGACUCGUCGUUCAACAAUUACAUUUUGCUCCCUUCGAUAUGGCACCUAUUCGCGUUGGCCUUAUUGGCCUCUCUUCAUCUGCAAAGACCUCUUGGGCUGCCCAAGGUCACUUACCAUAUCUUCUAUCGCCUCGAGGCAAAUCUCAAUAUAGUAUUGUUGCUCUCCUCAACUCGAGUGUUGCAUCUGCAGAAGCGGCAAGGGAGCACUUUUCACUUCCUUCGAACGUGAAGACUUACGGCGACCCACACGACUUGGCUUCGGAUCCGGAUGUUGACUUGGUGGUCUGUUGCACUCGAGUUGAUACUCACAGCCUCACGACGGGACCGUCGCUUCGGGCUGGAAAGGCCGUGUACAUAGAGUGGCCCCUCGUGCAAGAUUAUGAGGAGGCUAUUGCUUUGACAGGCAACCAACGCCUAGACAAUAGCAUUAUAGGACUGCAAGGACGUGUUUCGCCUAUCGUUCUGAAGCUCAAAGAGAUCCUCAAGUCGGGUCAAAUAGGCCGGGUACUGAGCAGCGAUAUCCGUGCCUAUGGUAAUCUCCUACCUAGGGACUCGCUACCGGAGGGCCUGUCCUACUUCGCAGACCGGAAGAUUGGAGGGAAUCCUAUCACUAUUGCUUACGGACACACCAUCGAUUAUGCCCACGAAGUUCUUAGGGAGUUUGUCUCGUUCCAGAGCCGGAUGCAGAUACAACGACCUAUCGUCGAGAUUCUGGGAAAAGAUGGUACUCGAAUUGGAGAGAUGGGAAGUGACGUACCGGAUUUCCUGGCUGUUCACGGGAGGCUGGCUAAGGGGAAGGCAGAUAUCGCGGAGGAUGCCACGUCAUCUUUCACCUAUAGAAGCGGGCAGCAGUUCAAGGGAACUCCCGGGUUCGUGUGGACGAUUAAUGGCGAAGCAGGAGAGAUUAUGGUCACUGCCAAUGGCGCAUACGUACACUCCGACUCUUAUAGGGAGCUGAUUGGAAUCAAAAUCCACGAUCACGCUUCGGACGAGGUGGUGGAUGUGAAGUGGGACUGGGAGGACUGGCAGGAGGAGCUUCCGUACCGUUCGAGGAUCGUGGCAGAAUUAUAUGAGAGGUAUGCGCAUUGGUGGAAUGGUGGAAGACCUACUGGGCGUUUGUCGGAGGAACGGGAUUGGCCUCGAUUACAUGAUGCCGUGGUGAGGAUGAAAGAGAUGGGUGAGAUCUUUAAGCAGUAUGACACGCAAAGUACCUAAUAUAAGCAGAUAAGUCAGGUAUGAUGUAUGAUGUAAACCGAGUUCUUCAAUGAAUAUUCGGUCGACCUUAAUUUACGUAAC